CCAACAAUUUGCGUGAACUUGGUAACGAGUUGUUUUUAAUUUUACUUUGAGAAUUUUACUAAUUACUAUUUCUAGUUCUGAAAUGAGUACUUACGAGAUUAGUAAAUCAUCGUUAUUGAGCCUUAAAGCUGAAAUAUUAAGAAAACAGCAGGAGCUAGUGAAAGCAAAAGCUGGCAAUGAAGUGAAAAUCAAAGUAUUGAAAAAGAACACUCCAUUAGAAAUAAAAAAUAAAGGUGUUGAAGGUCGCAGCAGAAAUGAUGAAACUGAGGAAGAACAAGAUCUUCUCAAACAGUCCAGGUCAGCUCUCGAAUAUAAGACCAAAUUAUAUGAUCAACUAUCAUCAGGACAGUUAACAGAGGAAGAAAUGAGGAAUAACCGGAGAUUUUUGGUUCGGUUUGACAAAAAGAACAAAUCCAAAGUUCCCGAUUUGCCACCUAGCGAUUCAGAACCAGAGGAUAAGUACCCAGAGAGUGAAGAUGAAUAUUAUAAUUCUGAUAGUGAUACGAAUGAUAGGGAUCCUGGUGAAAAAUUUGUGGAUUAUGUUGAUUGUUUUGGAAGAACAAGAAAAUGUAUGCAGAAAGAUCUGGAUUAUUUGAAAUCAAAGGAUAAGGAGCUUAGAACAAUAGUGGAAGAAAAAAAGAAGAAACUUGAGAUAUCCAUGAAUGAGGAAGAUAAUACUAAUAUUAAUAUUAGUCCAGUUCCCAAUGAAAUAGAGAAUGAAAAAAUAAAUGAUAUAAAUGAAGAAUCAGAAUUACUCUCAAGUGAUAUGAGAAGAGAAAUGCUGAGAAUGCAGUGGGAAAAAGAGGAGGAGGAACUAAGAAAUAAAUCAGAUAUUCACUACCAAGAUAUAUUAUUUAGCGAGGCUAGAUCCCAUGGUGUUGGUUACUAUGGGUUUUCCAAAGAUGAAGAAGAAAGGAGAAAACAACAAGAAGCACUGAAAAAAUUGAGAAAAGAAACAGAAGAACAACAGAAGAAAGCUCAAGACUUGAAGCUGUCAAGGGAAAAACUUUUAGCAGCAAGAAUAAAGGCUGCUAAAGACAGAAAAAGGGCCAGACUUGGCCUACCACCUCUGGAAGAUGAACCUGAAACCCCAGUAGAACCUGAAAUAUCAGAUGAAGACAAGAAGAAGGAAGAGGAGAAAAAGCAGCAGGAAGAGAGAGAAAGGAUUCUUGAUGAGGCAAGAAAAAAAUUCAUAAGACCUUGGGACAUAGGUAAAGAAGGAGUGAAAGAAAAAGAGGUCAUGACACAGGAAGAAUGGGUGGAAAAACAAAGAAAAGAAAGGCCUGAAAUGUUUGCACCUCCAAAAACUUACAGCAGACAAAACUUCAGAAGUAAUGAGAAGAAAAAUGACAUGGAAGACACAAACAAAUCUUUGAGAUUUUCUACAAAAAAAAUACCCAAGAGUCAUAAAAACAAACAGUCAAGAACACAAUUGGGUAUAAAUCCAUUCAAGAAAAAUGUUCAAGAGGACACAAUUAUUGAUGUUGAUGAAGAUUAUGUGGAAAUUCCACAAAGUAGUCCCAUUGAGCCAACCCUCAUUGAAGAUUUAACAGAUUCUAGAGAUUUUGAAGAUAGACUUUUAGGAGAUUAUAGUACAAUUUCCCAAACCAUUGAUCCAGACUAUUCCAAUGACUCAGACAGGGGAAGGGGUGUUGAAAUUGCCCCACCACCAACUUUUGAUUAUUAUGGACCAACCAGUAGCAAAAUCCCAAGAAGAUCUGAACAAUCUAAACCACUUGAAGAUUCAAUAGAAGCUGGGCUGAAGUUCCUGAGAAAACAAGUUGAGCAUAAAGAAAAAUCUACCAAACAUCCAGAGGAAAUGUUUCUUUUUUAGUUUAUAAUGGAUGUUCAAAUAAAUAUUGUUAUUUACCUCUUGUAAUAAAUUAUAUUUUAGCCCAAUCUCUUAUAAAUCUUCCCUGGCACAAAAAUAAUCAGAUUGAAAUAAUAUUAACCCAUCAAAUAAUACACAUUGUAGCUAUUAUGGAACAAAAGAAAGUUACUUGGUGAACAAUGAUUGCUCAAUGCUCAAAGUCUGCAUACUGACAGCAGAGUGAACACAAUAAAAUUCAACUAUUACCUUAAAUAUUUAAAUGCACAAAAUCAGUAAAAUCACAGUCAACAUAACCAGAGAGUCAUCCCCAAGCUUGUGUUUUACAGUAAUGUAAAACUAAUUUGCCUUCGGUACUGUAGCAGUCAUACAAGUUCCUUAUAACUUGAUCUGGAGAUGGUGCAAAUGUUUGAUUAACAUACAAAAACAGUUUCUCAUUAGAUUCUAGUUUCAAGUAUUUCUUGAUGAACUCUAUAAUCCAACCUAUUUUUUUGUCACUAUCUACAGUCCAUUUCUUUUUCUUCAUGAUGGGGGCAUUCCCAGUCGGCUUCAGGAGUAUGUCCACUUUGAGUUUUUCUACGUUUUUGCCUUGUUCAUCUGAAUCUGUGGAUUCCGUUCGGAUGUUCAUAGACUGGAGUGAGUCGCCCACUUCUUGGCAAUCUGCUUCAGCACUCAUUUUUGUAAUGAAUUAAUUUUAAUGAUUAUUAUCAAUGAA